GCCGAUCCGCGCCUAAACGUGAAUACACCGAACGUGGAAAACCAUCAUUAGUGCGCGUGAAGAAAACGCAAACCCAGAAGGAAAGUCUGUGACGAGCAACUGUAUUGGAGUAAAGAACCGUCAUCUGCAAUAAUCAUCGUCACUCGGAUUAUAGAGGGACCCCCAAUUGGAGAAAAAUCAAACCAGCAGCGUAUAUAGUGCAUUAUAGAACUCGUGGAACACGAGUUGGGGUUUUUCCGACCAGCAGAGCCAGAAUCGAGAUCGGCGCUUCAGUCGGUAUUUUUGGGUCGUGUCGAAACCAUCGCGAAAGAACUCUCGCGGACAUAAAGACUUUUCGGAACUUCAUUCUCGGUGCUUCGGAUUUUGUGAAGAGUGUGGAACAUUAGAAGUGUUAAGGAAGUGCAUUUAGUUGGCAGUGAUCUACAUUAGUUUUUAUUGUUUUUUGUUUCUGUGAAGUUUAACUCACCACCAGGAAAUCAUGGAUGAUCUUACCCCAGAGCAGAUUGCAAUCCUGCAGAAGGCCUUCAACAGCUUCGACCGCGACAAGACCGGCAGCAUCUCGUCCGAAACGGUCGGCGAGAUCCUCCGGCUAAUGGGACAGCCCUUCAACAGCAAAAUCCUCGAGGAAAUGAUCGAAGAAGUUGACGAAGACAAAUCCGGUCAGAUCGAGUUUGCCGAGUUUAUCACGCUAGCGGCCAAGUUCAUCGUCGAGGAGGACGAGGAAGCGCUGCACAAGGAACUGAAAGAGGCCUUCCGUUUGUACGACAAGGAAGGAAACGGCUUCAUCCCCACCUCCUGCCUGCGUGAGAUCCUUCGGGAGCUGGACGACCAGCUGUCCGAGGAGGACCUGGACAUGAUGAUCGAGGAAAUCGACUCCGACGGUUCGGGAACGGUUGACUUCGAUGAAUUCAUGGAGAUGAUGACUGGUUAAAUGGGAUCGCCAUUUACCAAUCCCUCCCUAUUCCCCUCCAUUACGAUCGUGGUCACUUUCCCCCUCGGCGAGAGGCACCCAGAAUAACCCUCUCAGCACAUUUUGUUCUCAAUAUAUGACUUUAAGUUAUUAUCCUUUUGUAAACUCUUACACAUUUUAGAAAAGGUGAAAACGAUGAACGUUUUUGUUAGCUCGUGUAUUGUUAGAUUUUUGACAAGCCUAUGUUUAGCGGUAUCGGACCUUGCAUUACUCUUUAAUACUAUUUAUGUUAUGUUUUUGAGCAAGGCGAAGAAUGUCCAAGAAUUCAUCAUAAAACAUUAUCAAAUUUGAAGUCAUGUGGUUCAACAACAUCGACAAACGAAAAGCUGCGGCGUCAAACCAAUUAGUAUUUUAGUCACCAGCAAUCUGUUUUAUUCUCUUUUGAAUUAUGGUUUAGUUUAUCUUAUUCACUGUAUUGUAGCAUUGUUCUGCUCUGCGUAAGGAACGAUUGAACAGUUUUUUUUUCUCAGUACUCUUCUGCAUUAUUAAUGUUUAAUAAUAAAGAAAACGAGUUCAUUAAAAU